AUGAUUAUUAAGGGAUUUCCACGGGUGCUGCCUACUGAGGGUGCGUCUGCGCUAAGUGCUCGUCGGCGCACCCUUGAUUGUUUGGCUCCUUCAGCUACACCUCGUCGUGGUGGCUCCUUGCGUGUACCAAGACACCAGCAACCACAAGAAAAACCUACGAUGGCAUUUUGCAAAAGACGCUUGUCCUGGCCGGAAGUGGAUAAUUCUGUGAAUUCUGGAGUUCAAGACACCGAUGGAUCGUACUUCGAGAGUUUCACAGCUCUCUCCUGGCGUCAGGAAAACAGGCGGUUGGCAGCGCUGCGGCUGGCAGAGGCGAGGGCAGAGAGACCUCCCCCCGCACCGCAAGACCUCGGCCUGCCAAGUGUUUCCGCGCAACUCUCACAUAAAGAGCAUGAACAUCUGUAUACCGAGGUUCUAUAUUGCAUCGAGAAUGCUGUAGGUGCUCCCGCGCCUGAUGGUCAAUUUGCAUCAUAUAAAGAAGAAGUCAUAGAAUAUGCACGUCGCGCUUUUAAAGUGCCCCAUGAUGUCCACGCUCGUGCACUCAUAGCAGCCGGCAGUGAGCGCCCUCCCACCGUAGUCUUGGGAUGUGCAGUUCUAGAGGCUGAUGGAUUGGAGGCAAAAGAUGCUAAUGGUUUUAGCGAUCCCUAUUGCAUGUUGGGCAUACAGCCAGCGUCACUACCAGCUUCACCGCGGGCGUCAGAAGACGAGGGCCGCAAGCACGGCUUUAGACUGAGCUUUAAGAGACGUGACGGACGGCAGCAGCGGGACAGCCUUGGCAGACUACCGGCUCGAUAUAUUCGGGCAACGAGCGUCCGCCCACAUACACUCUCGCCUAAAUGGAACGAGACGUUCAAAUUUGACAUCGAUGAUAUAUCAUCCGAUGUUCUUCAUCUGGAUAUUUGGGAUCAUGACGACGAAAGUUCAGUGUUGGAUGCAGUGUCCCGGCUUAAUGAAGUACGCGGAGUUCGCGGCUUAGGACGUUUCUUCAAACAGGUCUGCCAGAGCGCGAGACAAGGCAGUCAAGAUGAUUUUCUUGGCUGUGUAAACAUCCCACUACGAGAGAUACCAUCAACUGGAGUUGAAGCAUGGUACAAACUAGAGGCUCGCUCCCAUCGCUCGUCUGUUCAAGGCCGUAUACGACUUCGACUCUGGCUCUCUGCUAGGGAAGCUGGACGUCAUGAUGAUGACAACCAUCAACAGGUACGGCAGCAUGAGCGCCUAUUCGCUGUGCUUUUGGCAUACGAGGUUGAAAAUGCAAGCGCACAGACAAGUGGAGCGGAGAGUGAGAGCGGAGAAUGGGAAGGAGAGCUAUGCAAUGCAGCGCAGACCCUGCUGCACCAACACGCGGUACAAGGAGACUUGAGCUCGCUCCAGGCGGCUAUUGCACGCUUUGCCGCCUCUUGCAAGCUUAAUAGCGAAGCGCCACUGGAUCCAAAGUACAUGUAUAAGCUGCUGACUGAGUUAGAGCGAGCUUGGUGCGCGAGCGAGAGCUUCAGCGGGAGCGGAAGCGGAGACUCCGGCUCGGGCGCGACGCGCGACGAGGAACGCUGGCUUGCUGUUUGUUUCUGCGAAUUCGUUGAAAGGGCUCUCCAUCAAUUACGCCUACAUAGAGAUUUGUAUCCUGUGUUACAUCAUUUGAGCCUAAAUAAACUCGAAUUCCUUUUGCGCUGUCUUAAUCAACUGUCGCAGAUGAAAGCUUUUUGGCGUUGUUGCCCCUUUAACAACGAAAUCAGAAGUGAAAUAGUAGGCGCACUUCGUAAGGGCACAGCGGAGUGGUACGAGGCGCUCUGCGCGCAGGACACGGACUCGGAGCGGGGGGAGGACCUCGUCAACCUCAUCACAUUGGUUCAGAUUGACAUGCAACAAGGACUCACGUAUUAUCAUCCGUUGUUUGAUACGACCAACAACGUACCAUACUUCAGUGUCGUCUUCACGCAAAUCGACAAAAUGGUAUCUGAAGACGUUAAACAAUGCGUCGAACAUUGGGUGGCUGAGGGCUGGUGCGGGGUCGCUGAAGAAGAGAUAUUCGACGAGCAGGGUAUCGGAAUGUGCAUAGUGUCAGCGAAAACUCUACCUUUUGAAGUACUAGCGGCGGUGCGAGAGCUUUGCGCUGCGGCGUCGCCUACACCCUCGUUUCACGCCGCACACGAUCCGCCGCCUCUGCUGCUAGAUGCCUAUCAAUGGUUUGAGCCGCUGAUCGAUCGAUGGCUGGCAGUCACUAAAACCAUGGCUUUACAACGCGUACGAGCCGCGGUAGAACUAGAUCGCACUGUGGAGGGUGAACACAUAGUUAAACAUAGCACAUCGUCUGUCGAUACAGCUGCUUGCCUAUACCAUAUGCGUAUGGUAUGGCGCGCUAUUGGCGGCGUGGAAGAGGGCACGGUGGGUGGCGGACUCAGACUCUUGGAAGCGGCAUGCGCCACCGCGCUUCACUACGCUGACCUCGUACACGGGGCCCUUGCUGACCAAGGAUAUUAUGAAAAUCACGGUCAAAACAAAACUACGGAGGAGAUAUGCACAAUUGUUAACAACCUGGAGUACGUGCGCCGCUCGCUCUGCGAGUACGACGAUGAACACAUUGCCAAUGACGAGAACGCACGACAACUAGUUCGUGGCGCGCUCGGCACUUUGGACUCGCGGUCAGCUCGCGCCGCCGCGCCGCUGUCUGCCCGCGCACGCCCGCCUCUACGCAAGGCGGUCUUCCACCUCGCCUGGUCUCCAGACACGCUACCGACACCACAGGCAAUAACACCGCUCCUGGAAUUCUUAGACCAACAUUUAUCUUCUUUAAACACCUGGUUAUUGCCUCGAGCGUUCAUUCGCGCGCUCGCGGGGUGUUGGAGCGCGGUUCUAAAAGAGGUAUCGGGUCAAGCUGACGCCGGUGGCGCGGAGAAACCCAGAGUGUACCACCAUAGGCUGAGGGAAGCCUUGGAUCUCUUAGCGGAAUUCUUCCACGCUGAAGGAAAAGGUCUACCAAUGCCAGAAGUACAUAACGCAGAAUGGAUGCGAGUUGAACAGAGGAUGAAGUAUCACCAAGCGCCUACUGAAGAACUGCUAGAGCUGUGGCUUGCGGAUAGACUGAUGGAACAAUCUCGUACACCAUUACCAUCACCGUAUGGAUCUAUAUUAGUCAGAGUUUAUUUCAACCACGACUCGCUGUGUGUGGAAGUGCUAUCCGCAAGGGAUGUGAUCCCGCUUGACCCCAACGGUUUGAGCGACCCAUUCGUGGUACUAGAACUAUUACCAAAACGACUCUUUCCCAGGACACAUGAGCAAAGCACUAACGUUCAAAAGAAAACGCUAAACCCUAUAUGGGACGAAUGUUUCGAGUUCGGUGUAUCUCUCGAGGCGUGCAAGUCGCCGCAGGCUGCGCUGGCGCUGUCCGUGUGGGACCGCGACGUGCUCACGGCGGACGACUUCGCGGGCGAGGCCUUCGUGUCGCUGUCGCGCGUGCCCGGCGUCAACAGCCACGCGCCGCCCGACCCCCUGCGACCCGUCGAGCUGCCGCUGAUGCAACUACACGAUCGAUGCCAUCCUAUUCUUCAGAUUUUGGAAUCUCGAACGACGGACAAACUUGCAAAUGAUUUUGUAAAGAAACAAAAGCUACGUUUUGCAGAACAG